CGCACCACGCCAACGCAGACGCGACAGCGUUCCAAAAUCCAUGGCCGCCCAAGUCGCUGCUCGCUUCGCGUCAGGUCUUCGCGCAGUUCCCACUCGCCCUCGCGAAGCGCAUCGAGGGGUACGACAUCAAGCACAUCCGCGUCGGAGAAUCAAGGCGACGUGGCUCGGACAUGCGGGCUUCAUAGUCCAGCUUCCGCAAGUCGCAGAGCUCGACCCCGUCCGGAUCCUGUUCGAUCCCAUCUGGUCUGAACGUGCCUCGCCGCAUCAGGCCGCAGGUCCGCGAAGAAGGCUGCCGCCGCCUUGCGACCUCGACCAGCUUCCGGACUUUCAGUACGUCGUCACAAGCCACAACCACUAUGACCACCUAGAUUGGCCCACGAUAGAGCGCAUAUACAAGAUGAAGGGCGAGCAUGUCACAUUUGUCGCUCCUCUCGGACUGGAAUCGUGGUUUCGCAGCGGCGGCAUACCCGUAGAACAGAUCGUCGAACUAGACUGGCACGAAAGUGCAGAGCUGCGUGCUAGCGAGAGGCACCCAACUGUCAAGUUUAUAUGUGCGCCCGCACAGCAUGGCAGUGGCAGAAGCUUAUUUGAUCAGAGAUCGACGCUGUGGGCUAGCUGGGUUGUACAUCAAGAUAUUGGAGAUGGGAGGAGGGCAGCUGUAUACCACGCGGGAGACACCGGCUACAUGACGCAUGGGGGGCCUUGCCCAGCAUUCGCUGAGAUUGGAGAGAGGUACGGACCGUUUGACAUGGCAAUGAUACCCAUCUGGCGCGGCGGUUCACUUUCGUUCAUAGCCGCAAUGGGCCUCCGGCUGGUCUCGACUGAGCUCAUAGACGGCCUGCACGCGUCGCCGGCGCACGCCGUGCGCUUGCACAAGGACAUUCGGUCGCGGCACAGCAUAGGGAUGCACUUUGCGACGUUCGCAGGGUCGGACGGAGAGGCGCGGGAGCCUGUUGCAGAAUUAGUAGCGGCAAAGGAGAAGCAGCACGUUGGGGACUGGCACGAGGAGGGCGGGUUUGGUGUUAUCGACAUCGGAGAAACAGCUGCUGUCGCUGUGGAGUGAGCUGGCGUGUCGGAGCUCUCUGGUUUGCUUGGAUCUGCCUUGGCUACUCUGGAGCAUUGUUAUUUUCCUGAACUGGGUUAGUCAUUUGGGGUCAUAUUGG